GCCAUCUGCGGGUUAAUAAUGCCGAGUGGCUCAAAUUUGGCACUUUGGUCUCCCGUGAGACCACUUUUAACUGCAGCAGAUACCCAACCUAGCACCACUCCACAGGCAAAUCCCCAGCCACAGGCAGACUCUUCAUCUUGCUCCAUGCAACUAGAGGCUUUCAGCCAUGCGGCCCAAUCCUUCAGUCCCUACUCAGGCAACCGACUGCAGUGGGCAGUUUGCCUGAUAACUCGAGGAUCAAGCCCUUAAACUGCACUGACCAGGACCAGUUCUCUGUUACACGAGGGCAGGGGCUUAAAGUGGGUGGAAAGGGCCCCUGAGAAUACUCCUUGUGCUGGGGGCCUCCUUGCUCCGUGGCUGCUGUAGAACAGGAAUAAGGGCUCUGUACCACCUCUGCUUCCAGCAGAUAGAGUGGAUGUUUGCAGCCACAGAGCAUUGCCAGGGUCCAGGGGGGCAUGGGAAGCAGAGCAUAAGGACAACAGCCCUGAGGCUGCUCUAGCAUGCACCAGGAGCCAAGAAGUGCCUUGAACAACCCCAGAACUCAGGGAGUGCAGAGAUGGCUUAAAGCCACCUUAAAAACACCCGGCAGCCCUGCCCCAAGCACAGGAAUGGAGGAACUGAGACUCAAACCCACAACCCAGCCAUACCUCAUCGGGGCAGGGACAGAGCUAGCAACAUGAAACAUGCAUGCAUACCAGCUGAUCCUUCCUUUCCCAGUAGUCACCCUAUAGCCUCACUAUCCAGAGCACCUCCUUCUUGCAAGACCCAGUGUUGCAGCCCCUCUGCCUCUCCCUCCUCCUCUGGCGGUCUGUGCGGUGACCUGGCUCUCCAGCCGGGUCACACGAAAAGUCCCACGCCUUCUGGGGGAACAACGUCCAAACUCUAACUCUUCCAGGCUCAAUCCUCCACAGACACUUCAUCGCUCUCAAAUGAUCUGCCAAGGUCUUCUUCCCUGACUCUCAGGGCUUCUUCCCUGCAAUUUCCUCUCCCAAGCCUGCUUUAGGAGUGGCCUUGUCCCCAGCUGCCUCACCUUUCAGGACUGUCCCAGGGCACAAGCUCCUUCCUGUAGGCCCCUCUGCGGUUCCUUUCCCAGAGAGCAGAAAUCCCCAGCUACCUCUCUCCUAGGUCUUCGCUCUCUCUUGCUCUACAAGUCUGGUUCUCCCCACACUGGCUCUAAUCCUUAAUUAUCUGUCUCCCCUCCAGGGGCCACAGAAUGGGUUAAUUGGGCCCGAUCUUGCAAGGUGUGGCUUGCCCUCUCUCCGCAUUGCAGUCAGCAAGAAUGGACCCAGGAAACUGUCAGACUAGGUUGACUCUGCCUCCUACCUCUGAUAGUGGCACAUACCAAGAUGCUUUAGAGAAAGGUGCAAGAACCCUGCUGCUGCAGGAUAACCUGCCCGGGGACUUAUCUGCUGAGUGACCACAGUCAGAAUUUCCUUAUGCCAUGAAGCAUGAGGGUUUAUAUCCCCCUCUCGGUAAUUUCUAACAUUUACUAUUGUAACCCUAGAUUUCCUGUACCAAUGUCUCUAAUCCCUCUUUUCAUAUCGCUGAACUGUUGGCUUUAAAGGCACAGUGCGGCAAUGGAGUGCCACAAGCUAAUUGUACCUGUCGGCAUGCGCAGGGUGGCCAGGCAGGACCUCUCAGGACCUGCUCACAAAGUGAGGCCCUUGCUCAGCCACUCAGCAGGUGCAGUUAGACAAAGAUUUUGUAAGAUAAUCUAAUGUUUUGGGCACCAUAAACCAUGUUGCUUCUAGGAAACGAGAGGGGCGGGGUGGUGGUGGUAUUGUGGUUGAGGCACUGGGCUGGGCUGCAGGGGGGUGAUUAAUAUUGGUUUGUGUUACUGUAGCACCUAGGAGCCGUAGUUGUGAACCAGGACCCCCCUGUUCUUGGUGCUGUACAAGCACAGAACAAAAAGACAGUCCCUGCCCCAAGGUUUGAUUCCCUCCUCUGCCACUGAUGUCCUCUGUGACCUUGGACAAGUCACUUCAUCUCUCUGGGCCUGAGUUCCCAUCUGUAAAAUCGGGCGGUGGGGGGGAAUAAAUACAUUAUACAAAUAAAGCUUGUAAGGUGCUCUGGCACUAGGGGCCAGGUAAGUAUAAUAAAUAGGGGGAUGUUCAAAAGCACAAAGGGUGAUUUGGUGCCUGACUCCCACUGAAACGGAGCUGGGGCGUAAUUCUCCUUGGUGUCUUUGGAAAUUUCCCCUCUAAUCUCUCCUGGCUUCAGUUCCUAUCUGGAAAACGGGGCUAAUUAAACCCCCAGGGGAAAACUCAUCUCAAAGAGAGAAAUCCGGCCCCCCUACAAACAGUGAUCACAACCCAUUUUUCCCCUCCCCACUUAAAAAAAACAAAAGUCAAACCUCUAAAAACAAAACAAGAAAAGAGGAAUCAAGCUGCUGUUGUCUCUCUCUCUGCACAUUUGCCUUGCCCUGUGAAGUGUCUGCAGGUUAGCCUGCCACGCCAAUCAGGAAAUAAGUCAGUAUCACAUGCCUCAGCCCUGACAGUUAAGCGGGGAGCUAAUGUGGUUGAACUGCUAAGGGAGUUGAGCCUGAGCUGGGCAGGCUGCAGCUACACAGGGGCAUCUACGCCAGGCCAGAGAUCAAGCUGUGGUAGAUGGAAACAGAGAGAAAGAGAAAUUGAACCCCAGCGGGGAGCGAAGAGACUGGGGAUCGCCUGGGGUGGGACGCAAGAAAGAUCUCGCUCUACCUUUGGGAAAGAUGUUUUCAAGGAAGAAACGCGAGUUAAUGAAAACUCCCUCCAUAUCUAAGAAGACCAGGGCAGGAAGCCCCAUACCGCAAACCCCAUCUGAGCUGCCCCGGAAGGACUGCCUGGAAGCGCCGAGUUCCAGCCUGGUGGACCUGUCCAUGUCCAGCUCCAAGCUCAGCAGUAGCCCCAGCACAGUGGGCACGCUCAAGCGCCCCACCAGCCUGAGCCGGCAUGCCAGCGCUGCUGGCUUCCCUCUGUCCCCUGCGGGCACCCGGGGCAUCGCCAAGGGACAGAAGACCCCUGUCUCUUACAGCCCCAUUGACAGCGGGGAGGGGACUUUCAUUGAUGUGGAGGACAUCUCGCAGCUCCUGGCCGACGUGGCCCGGUUUGCCGAGGGUUUGGAGAAGCUGAGAGACGUGGUCCUCAGAGACGAUCCCUUGGAGUCUCACCGGCCGCUAGCCCACGAGUGCCUGGGGGAAGCCCUGCGGGUCCUCCGGCAGGUCAUCAACAAGUACCCACUGCUCAACACCUUGGAGACCUUGACAGCCGCAGGAACCCUAAUAUCCAGGGUCAAAGGUUUCCACUAUGAGUCCAGCAAUGAGACGGACAAGCGGGAGUUCGAGAAGGCUCUGGAGACCAUCGCAGUCUCCUUCAGUAGCACCGUAUCUGAAUUCCUCAUGGGAGAGGUGGACAGCAGCACCCUGCUCUCGAUACCUCCCAGCGACCAGAAUCAGUCGAUGGAGAACCUCUACGGAGGGAUCCCUGGGCAGGGCGCAGACGGCAUGCCAGCCGGCAUGGAAAAAUUUGAUUCAGUCCGUCCAUCUGCAGAAGAGGUGGACAUCAUGCUCCAGCGGUGUGAGGGCGGCGUGGAAGUUGCUCUCCAGUAUGCCAAAAACAUCUCCAAGUACAUGAAGGACCUCUUCUACUACCUGGAGAAGAGGACCACUCUGGAGAUGGAAUUUGCCAAAGGACUGCAGAAGAUGGUGAACAGCUGUAAGCAAACGAUCACUCAGGAGCCACACAUGCCGUUCCUGUCGAUCUACUCGCUGGCUCUGGAGCAGGAUAUGGAGUAUGGCGCCACAGUCGUGCAAACGGCUGCCACCUUGCAGAACCAUACCUUCCUGCAGCCACUAGGAGUGAGACGCCUUGAACAUGAAAAGCGAAGGAAGGAGAUUAAGGAGCAGUGGCAUCGGGCCCAGAGGAAGCUGCAAGAGGCUGAGACCAACCUGCGCAAGGCCAAGCAGAUAUACAUGCAGCGCUGUGAAGAACACGAGAAGGCCAAGUAUAUGACAGUGAAGGCCGAAGAGGAACAGCAGAACACCAGCAGCAACACCACCAGCAAGACCCUGGACAAGAAGAGGCGGCUGGAGGAGGAGGCCAGGAAUAAGGCAGAGGAGUCGAUGGCCACAUACCGGACCUGCAUCGCAGAUGCCAACACACAGAAGCAGGAGCUGGAGGACACCAAGGUGAACGUCCUGCGGCAGAUCCACGAGGUGAUCAAGCAGAGCGACCAGGUCAUGAAAUCGGCCACAAUCUCCUUCUACCAGAUCAUGCACAUACAGACAGCGCCCCAGCCCGUCCACUUCCAGACCUUGUGCGAGAGCAGCAAGCUGUACGACCCCGGGCAGCAGUACGCCUCCCACGUCAAGCAGAUGCAGCGGGGAGACGAACCCGAGACCCAGUACGACUUUGAACCCUACGUGUCGCAGAACGCCUGGUCCCCCUGCAUCCGGCCACGGAAAGGCAGCUUUAAUGCCAGUGACUUCAGUUGUGCCGACGGGGCUGCACCCUCCAAGGACGGAGGCGUCUCGGAGGGAGGGGCAGCGGCGAGGGAGCAGCAAAGUGGGACCGUGAACGUGGAACGGAGAGGUGGGAGAGGACACCAGGUCCAUAAGUCUUGGCCAACGUCCAUCAUUGAAACAGAGGGCAGCCUGGAUUCAGCCUCAGGUACAUUUAGCCAGAAGUUCCAGCGGAUGUCUUCCAAUGGCACCAUGUCCUCUAAUGAAGAGCUGGAUGAGAAGGAUGAGAAUGCGGCUUCAUUUGAACAGAGCAUCAAUGGGAUAGCCCCUGAAAUGACGGCUCCGACGGGCCCAUUCCGAAACGUGGGUUUAUCCAAGGCUGCCCAGACCCAUCGGCUGAGAAAACUUCGCACCCCUUCGAAAUGCCGAGAAUGCAACAGCUACGUUUACUUCCAGGGAGCGGAGUGCGAGGAGUGCUAUUUAGCCUGCCACAAAAAAUGUCUGGAGACCCUGGCCAUCCAGUGCGGCCACAAGAAACUCCAAGGGAAGCUGCAGCUCUUUGGCCGGGAUUUCACACAGACAUCCCAGAACAGCUCGGACGGCAUCCCCUUCAUUAUCAAGAAGUGCAUCUGUGAGAUCGAGAAGCGGGCUCUGAAAACCAAGGGCAUCUAUCGAGUCAAUGGCGUGAAGACACGCGUGGAGAAGCUUUGCCAGGCAUUUGAGAAUGGGAAGGAGCUGGUGGAGCUGUCCCAAGCCUCCCCUCACGAUAUCAGCAACGUCCUGAAGCUCUACCUGCGACAGCUGCCAGAACCCAUCAUGCCCUUCCGGCUGUACAAUGAACUCAUGGGCCUGGCCAAGGAAAGCCUGCAAGGUGGGGGCGAGACCAAGACCAAGACUGGGAAGGGAGGUCCCGAGCUGGUGGACAAGGGAGCUGAGACGGACAAGAUGGUGGUGACAUUGGUGACAAAGUUGAAGGAGCUGCUGAAGGAGCUUCCACGGGAGAACUUGGCCACGCUGCAGUACAUCGUGCAGCACCUGAGAAGGAUUGUGGAAGUAGAACAGGAUAACAAAAUGACCUCGAGCAACCUGGGCAUUGUCUUCGGGCCAACACUGAUGCGCCCCCGGCCCACCGAGGCCACCAUCUCCCUGUCCUCGCUGGUCGAUUACCCCCACCAGGCUCGCAUCAUUGAGGCCCUCAUCAUCUUCUACUCAACCAUUUUCGAGAACAAGGCGGCUCAGCUACUGACUAGCUCUGACAAACACACAGAGGAUGCCGAAGAGGGGACCAGGCGCUCUAGCCAGGACAACAAACCCCCAGUUCCACACAGCAACAUCCCGUACCUUGAGGUGCCCUUGGAGAAGGGGGAUUCAGAGAACAACGCAGAUCCGUUCAGAGAAUCUGGCGACCGCUCGAUAGAUUCCGACUCGGAGCUAGAAGAGGGGGCGGAACUGCCGGCUACAGAGGAGGGAGCCCCAAGGCAGUGGUUGCUAAAGCAAGGAAGCGAGACAAGCACGGACGAGGCUCAAUUCUGCGAUGACGUGAGCGAGGGGCAGCUGAGCACGACCGGCAGCGUGGGCCAGUCGGACGCGGAGUGCACCUCUUCCCUGCAGCGCAACCCGGCAGGGGAGGAAGAGCAGAGCGACCCAGAAGAGGAAUCCGUCUCGGAGACAGAGGGCAAGGCAGGCCAGCAAGAGACACCUCUUUCUGACUGUAACACAAACCAGUCCAACAACACGCUGCUGUCCGAGCGCUGCCGGGGGCACCGGCUGCUGCCCGCCGUUCGGCUACGGGACAGCACGAUAGUGGUGAGGUCAGCCAGCGAAUGGCAGCCCAGGUUUGUCUAGGCCACCAUGCAAAGGCUAUGCAAUGGACAACGGGCCAGGGGGGCUGGCCAGAGGGGCUACCCGCACGCAGCUACGCAAAGGGCGAUGCUGUGCAUAUUCAGGGAAGGGAGGGGUCAAGCGCAGCCAAGCCUCAGGGAGCUCACAAGGGUUUCGUAUGCUAGCUGCAGACAGUAGUCACCUUUAUCUAGUGACUGGAGCUUCCAUACAAACCCCCUCCGCAUGGACAUUCUAAUCAGCCAGACGACGAGUUUUCCUUGCAGUACCACAGCCUCAGCUAGACAGUAACUAUAGCCAUAAAGCAUAUUCCUUUGAGAGGAGUCGUCCAACGAGGGUGGAUUUGACCUUGUCCUGGUGGAUUGGGAAGGGAUCCAGACCCUGGCUGUACCUAUGCCAUGCUGCUGCAGAGGGUUUAAACUCACCUUUAUUUAAAUAGCUCUUCAAGAACAGAGAUGCAGCUACUGAAGUGUCUAAUCCGCUGCAGCGAUUACUGAAAACUCCAGCUCCCAGGACUAGGAAGGGACACGAGAGUGCUUUGCGUUUAACUAACCUGUUUUAAGAACGCGCCACCUUCUUUCCCCUCAAGUCUAAGCAUACCAGGUGGCAGAAUAAAUCUCUUAUGUUUGUACGGAGUAGAUCCCAGAACGCUUUGUACCACGGAGAUGCACAGGCUCUGUGGUGGCAGAUAGGAUGCCACACACAGCAGUGGGAGUGGCAUCAUGGACAGCUUUUGGGCAAUUGCCUACCACAGCCUCGCAUAGGUGUCACCCAAGCACCGACAGCCGGUCGGUAGAGGGGGGAUAAAGCUUCUAGAGGCAGGUUUGAGAGUAACCAGGUUUGGCAGGAAGGUGGAAGUCACUGCUGUCCUCCUGUAUAACUUGGGUGGGGUGGAGUGGGGAACUUCACGUAUUGAGGCUGUGUGAUGCUCACAAAGGGUACAAACGCUUAUGGCUGACUGGCCCAGGCAUGCCAACUGCAGCUACAAGUCAACUGCAAGAACCCAGGCACUCCUGUGAAACAUGGGACUUAACUAGUGACCUGCCUUUCCACACCCAGCUUAUUUAUGGUCUUUCUUCCGCUCGGCAAGAUCAUAGACGACGCUGCGUGAGAGCGGCUGGCUGUUCUCCACUCACUGCUGUGAAUUAGCGUGGAGAGUGCCACGGGGCAGGCAUGUUUUCCCAGCUGUAAUUCUUUUGGAUCCUGGGCUCUCUUUAGUCCUUCCUGCAGUUUCUUCUACAGGCAGCCAGUACCCUAACCUGAGCUGUUUUUAAAGGAGCUUGAACUGUAAUUUCAACAAAGAAGGGGUGCACAGUGCUCACAGGAAAGGAAAUCUAUGAUGCAGACACAGCCACUCCAACUGUGCCUCUUGCUGAGAGCCAGAAGACUUGCCCUCUCUGCCCCAAUCCAUAGGACAAGCUGCCUUCAGUGGGACAGGAGUUGCCUGAAUUGAGCUACUGGACAUUCUAGUGUUGGGGGCUCUUUAGAUGACCUGUCAACAUGUGCCCAAGGACACAGCUGGCAAAGGAGCUUAAGGGAAUAAACAGAACCAGGCAUGGUGACUUUAAAGAAACACAGGAGCUCACAUUACUGCAGUAGCAGAAGAGACUGAAUUUGUAAACAGAUUUUAAAACAAAAUAGCUGAAAAUCACUUCCUCUUAUUUCCUACCCCAGCCUGUCCUCAGGCUUCCAUGUUCCUCUUGCAACGGUUGAGAGUGUUGCUAAACCCUGUAAGUGAGCAGGGAGAAAGCUGGACAAACAGCACCAGCUCCCCAGCCAGGUUUCACUCACCUGUGCUGGUGCGAUCACGUGAAGCAGUCAGGUCACAGUCUCCAGCCCACCCCAUGCACAUUACUCCCCAACUCUGAGCACCUGCUGGCUGGUGUGGUCAAUUGCUGCUUUUGCUAGCCCACAGACUGUCAUUUUAAGGGUACAGUCUAGUGAGCUGAGCUCAGGAACCCUUAUUUAAACACCGUACCUCUCCACCCUUGAAUAAGUCACCUAUCUCUCUCUAGAGCAGGUGUACACGUUAGCUACCUCCCAGGCCUGUUGUGAGGGUUAUUAGUUUCAGCUGAAAACAAAGCCUGACUCCAGGAUUCAGCUUUCUGCAUUUUGUAUUCAGUCAAAGCAUGAUGCCUGCCAUCCCCCCAUGGUGUGCACAUAAAGCUCCCACUGUCACUUGUGCAUGGGGGGGCAUGGACAUCAAUCACAUGGACAAAUUCUAGCUAAUUGCUUCCCCGGACUCAUGCUCCUAUCCAACACUGUCUGUCACCCUGUAGCUUAAUUUAACAAGGACGGGCUGUUUCUCCUCACCCAAGAGAUCCACCAAGGAUAGGCGACAUUCCGAGGCGAUCCAAAAAAAAAACCACAGCAGGAGCGAAAGCUGCUUUCUAUGACUUACACACAGACACUCUUCCUCAGCAACUUACGGAGUCAUGUGGCUGGGACAAAAACAUCUGCCCCUGUUCAGAGAACAGGCUCCACCACUAGAGGUCACUAGGCCCAGCUCACAGAUUAAGCAGACAACCUGCCGCAGCUAGAGAGAACCGGUGGCACUCUAAACCCGUUCGGGGUCUAGUACUGUCUCAUGCCCAGAUCCUCACAGGGGUUUAGGCUCCUGACUUCCACUGAUUUUUAUGUGAGGAGCCUAAAAUACCCCUGGGGCUGUCCCUGCUCGGGAGAAGCCACCAAAUCAAGCCGCCCUUGGACAUAGUUACUGCUGUACUGAAUGGAUGGCUACGUCCCAGGUUUGGGAUGGUAAUUACAUAUUGCUGCAUUAUGAAGGGAGGAAUAAAGAUUCUGCUGUUCAGCCAAAUGUUAUAGACGCCAGAGCUAAGAGGAUCAGUCAUCUAUGAAGCAAAUGGAAAGAACUCAGGAAUGCGAGAUGCCUGGGACUCUCCAAGCCCCAGUUGAAAUAAUGGCAGAAGUUUCUUGGUGAGGAAGUACAGCUGCCUGUAGAGGUGGAGGUAACCUGCCUAUCUAGAGUCGGCCACAAACUGGUUUGUUUGUACCUGAGCUGGAAGACUGCAAGACUCCUCUCUGCAUUGUCCUUCAAUACAACGGUUACAUUUUACUGCAGCUUGUUUCCAUCUUAGGAGAAGGAAUCAGAACUGCUUCACUACAGUCCUGUCCUACUGCUAACCCUGGGCAAUCUGAUGAGUGGGUGUGCCUGGACAGCUGAGUGGGUGCACAAGAGGGAAUGGAGUUUCGGUGUUACAAGUGCUGUGUUUGUGCUUAGCAUGGUACUAUGCAGCCUGUGUUUGUAUAUUGUUCAGCUGCCAGAGAUGGAGCAUGUUUAUAUGAACACGAGUCACAGCCUUGCUGUGCACAGAAGUCUUAUGUCAUUUGUGCUCUAUGCAAAUCCACAUGCUUCAAAGAAAUAAAAAUGUGUUCAGAUGAGCGUU